UCGUCGUAGCAUAGCUUUGUCUUUCCCAAUAUGACGUUUUCAGUUGAUGAGAUCUAUGAUCUGCCAGACCUGCAGGCUCCAGGCGUUGUUGGGGUGGCCCAUGCAAGAGAUCUGCAGAGCAAGUGUCGUUGCUUCAUGGCAGAACUCCUGAUGCUUUGACUUUGAGAAGCCAAGCUCAACAUUGGACUCUCUCAGCUCCGACCGGAAAAUUGUAUAUAUAUGGCUGAGUCGCUGAGUCGCUGAGUACUGAACGCCGCGAACGUAAUCAGCUGAGAGCGCACCAUGUCCGGACCUUAAGUGCUUACUGUUUAAGGCAAGCGUCCAAAACCGCAAUUGGAGAAACAUAGCUUUCGAGAUCGUAUAGAUUUGGCUUUCGCGUGAUUUCGAUCUGCCAGAUAUACUCACAUCACAAAGCAAGUGCGACGUUCCUUGGCAAUACCUGAGUACGAACACGUCACGGUUGGCACCCGUCACUGAACAAGGUUCCAAAUUUGCCGCGGAAGUAAAUAGCGACUUCUCAAGCACCCACUGGGGGCACUAUAGUACACAUACAUGCGACGAAGUGAAGAUACUGAAAGUCUCAAAGGCUUUUAGUACUCUAUCUAUCCGAAACUUGUUCAUUUGCGGGACAUCAUUGCGCAAGCGGCUCGUCAUCCAUCGUUUCCUCUCCUUCAAGGAAGUAGCCGAGGUUGCGAAGUGCUGGCGUAACGAAAUUGCUUGGCUGCUAUCAUGAUGGAAUACAGUGAAGCAUUGCAAGAAGAUGCACUUAAACUCCGGUAGUUGACGAUCUAGGCUAGUCUGAGUCUGUCUGCCUGUAAUCGGAUCAGAACAUGGUAUUUAAGCAAAACAGGAGUGCUCCUUCUUUUGUCUUCGCGUACGCGUACAUCUCGCAGAACCGCCACACAUGUUCGUACAUCAGCUACGCAUGUGGACAAAUGUCAAAGGUAUGGGAUCACCAUACUUGUGCCCUGGCACCAUUGCCAAAAAGGAAUGGACAUGGAUGGAAAUGGUGGGUUUGCGCAUGCUGUGGAGAGGCACCUUCUUUCGGGGCAUAAUAUUUGUCAGAGGCGUUCGAAGUCCGAGGAUGCACAUAGACUUGACUGGCAGGAUCGAAAGAGAAACCACCGUCUGCGUACAGCCAGUCAGUGACCGGUCAGCUUUCUGCAACGUGGCUCACAUUUGCAGGCCUUUUUCCGCGAUUGGUGAGUUGCAAAGGACGGAAUGCAAGGACGGAACCUGUAGAGAUUGGUACGAGAAAACACUUUUGGAGAAUCAGAGAGUCGCUUCUCUUUGCAAUUUCUUCCCAUGGUUUGCUGUUGCUGUGCUUUUAUUGUAUAUAUAUAUAUAUAUAUCGAGCAUCUCAGCUCCGUCCAUAGUGUGAGAUUUGGUGUGUGAAUGGCAAAGCUUUGGGCCGAGUGGCUUUGUGUACUCCAUCUUUGCCGGAAGAACAAUAACUCGCUCUAUCUCGCUCUCCGUUCUGCAAAGGUGACCAGCUGCAACAAAAUUCAAUCACACUCUUCUAAAGCCGAAACUAUGCCUGCUUUGGCAGUUUGACCGUGAUGGCGCACACACCUCCGCCGCCUGGACUUCUGCACCCUUCGUUCCCUAAUCGAGCCAAAGAGAUCCCAUUGAGAUUGAUGCUCGCAGGAGAAAAUGCGUGGCUGGGUUGAUUUGGAGUAAGAUACAAGCUGCGCACGCAGUUUCCAUGGAAAAAGUUCAGACUCAAAUCUGGCGAGACUUGGUUUCUGCGCGCACGUAACAUGGCAGACAUCCAAAACCAUGUUCGAAGUGCGUGAAUGCACAAAGAUAGGACUGGGGAGUCUGUCGACCGGCUUGGAUUGAAAAACACGGACGACGAGCGAGGCAUCUGAAAGCCAAGA